AUGUCUCAAAUCAACAGGGAAUUGCGAGAACAGCUUCUCUCGAAGACAAAAAAGCGGCGCUACCGAGUGGCCAUGUUGAACGCCUCUCAACAGAAACUACGGGAGGGGAUCGAAAGCACCUUGCACCUGAAGGAACACACGAAGACUUUGCUGCAUGAAACGAAAAAAUGUUGCCCCAACAACAAAUGUUCCCGCGAGUGUGGCAGCACAUUUAUGCACGAGUUGUUUCCCUUUAUUCGCAUCAUGCGCCGGUACAGCAUAAAGCGUAACCUGCUUCAAGAUGUCGUUGCCGGCCUGACAGUUGGGAUCAUGCACAUCCCACAAGGCAUGGCCUACGGGUUUCUAGCUCAGCUUCCGCCUAUCUAUGGCCUCUACACGUCGUUCUUUCCCGUAUUUCUCUACUUCUUCUUCGGUUCUUCUAGACACAUUUCAGUGGGCACAUUUGCGGUUAUCAGCCUUAUGGUAGGUCAAGUGGUCACCAAGGGCUACAACUCGCACGUCGGACACAAAAUUCUGAACGCGGAUGGGACCUCGAACUUCACCUCCCUAGCAACCGGGCUGCUAAGCAACGCGACCACAUUGAUGCCCAUUCCACAGAUUGAGCCGCUCCUACUGAUGGGCGUGACGCGGCUGGGUUUCAUGGCCUCAUUCAUGUCCGACCCGUUCAUCAGCGGCUUCACGACGGGCGCAUCUAUACACGUGUUCUCCAGUCAGAUCGAACACGUGUUUGGGCUGCACAUAAAGAAAUAUUACGGACCAUUGGCAUUGAUUUAUUUUUACGCGGACGUCUUCGUGAAUUUACGUCACACGAAUAUGGUGACGUUCACGGCGUCAGUGACGUGCAUCCUCGUGCUGGUUCUAAUCAAGGAGGGUGUGAACAGCAACAAGGAUUGCCAGCCACACCUCAUCAUGCCCGUGCCCAUCGAGCUGGUUGUGAUUAUGAUCAGCACUAUAGUGUCCUACUACACAAAACUAGGCAGGGACUUUGAUGUCUCGGUUGUCGGAAAGAUACCAUCCGGGCUUCCAAUGCCGGAAGUUACUUACUUCCGCUACAUACCGGAAGUACUCGCAGACGGUAUCACCAUAGGUUUCAUCGCGUUCGCAAUAUCCUACUCAAUGGCAAAGAUUCUGGCUGAUCGUCAUGGUUAUAGGGUCAAUGCCAACCAGGAGCUGAUUGCUAAUGGCGUGUCCAACUUUGUGAGCUCGUUUUUCUCCUCCUACGUUUCUGCAGCCUCGCUUUCCAGGAGUCUUGUACAGGAAACGGCCGGCGGGAAGACUCAGGUGGUCGGGUUGGUGUCCUCGGCUGUGGUCCUGGUCGUCUUAUUGUACGUUGGUCCCUUGUUUCGAAGCCCUUCCGGAGGUAAUACGCAUAUCUAUAAUCUAUGCGAGAUUGAAUUGUUUGAUGGGUGGAAUUGUAUCCUUGCGAGCAUCGUUAUUGUGUCGUUGAAAGGGAUGUUUCAGCAGUUUUCGGAACUCAAGAGGCUCUGGAAAAUCUCAAAGCGAGACAUGUCCGUCUGGCUGGUGACGUUCAUAGCGGUUGUGGUGUUCGACGUGGCCCUGGGUCUUCUCAUAGGAAUCGUCUUCUCGCUCUAUUUCGUCCUGCGCCACUCACAGAAGCCCGAGAUGAGUGAAAUGGGUCAACUUCCGGAAACAGGCAUGUACAACGACUUACGGGUCACAAAACAGGUCACCGAGGUUCCGGGCAUGAAGAUCUUCCGCUUCGAGACCUCCAUCUACUUCGCCAACGCUGAGCACUUCCGGGAUCGCCUCUACAAGAAGACCGGCCUGCUGCCUCGCAAGUUGCUCAAGCGGAAGCGGAAGGCGAUGCACGAGACGCUGCAGCGCCGGAAGCGCGAGCUCGAAGAGAUGGAACUCGAGAAAAAAAGGAAGGCGGCACAGAGUCCACAGCGUCACUACCACAUCGAGGUGGUCACUGAGGCACCCGUGGAUCCCUACGAACAACAGCUGAAAAGGGCCGCCGAAAACCGGUUGAUCAUGGAACGUUUCGCCGCAGCCUGGCAACCACCGAUCAAAGUUAUCAUUAUAGACCUGUCCGUCGUCAACUACAUAGAUAGUGUCGGCGUGAAAACACUGUCCAGUAUUGUCACUCAGUACAAAGAAGUCGGAAUUAAGACGUUCAUUGCCGGUUCUAAACCGGAUGUCCGGACAAUGCUUCGCACCGCUGACUUCACAAAGACCAUCGAUUACUCGAGUCUGUACUCCACCGUGCAUGAGGCUGUAGUGAUUGGUCAGGAAAUCGUGGACGAGGAAAUCAGGAAAAAUAUACCGCCAAGGGAGGACAUAAAACUGAUGAUCGAAAUUUCUAACCGCGACCCAAACGCACCGGAGAACGACGGGAAUGAUCAGUUUGAAGAAGAGGAUGAUGAGGAGGAGGAUUCCGACGGAAAGCCUGCCCAGCCGUCCAUACUCAACUUGAAGGACGCCCAUAACGACGACGAUGACGACACGUGGUUCGACGUUAGUCCGUACGACUUCGAAAUGAGAACAGUGCAAGUGCAUCCAGAGACUGUGGGGUUGUUACAUAGAGAGGAAACAGCUGAGGUUGAAGGGGGCGCUGCAUCGAUCAGCAGACGAGGAAAGAUUGUCACUUUUUCCAGUCGCGGGUCGUUAAUUCACGACGAAGACUUUGAUAACGUGCCAUUAUCACAAGAUCAUACGGAGAGCUCUGCUCUAUAAUCUGAAAAAAGCUAUGCAAUAUAUGCGCCACGCAUUAGGAAAACGGAGCGUAGUGUCGUCCCACUUAAGCCUGUGCAGUCCGGAUUUUUUUCGUUAAAAGGAGGUCUGUUCAAAACGAAAAUCCAAUUUAGGCUGAAAGUUUAGUAACUUAUUUACCUGUGCGAACUGCAAUCUGAGAAAGUACUUUAUGCACAUUCAUUAAAGCCCGGUUUUUCCAGAGCGCAACUACUAUGUUUUGCGAAGUACAUCAACGCGGCAUUAUGCUUCUCGGAAAGGCGAAGAAUGCCAAAUAUAUGUAGUCUUUAAACCGUGAUCUCUGUUUUCAGAAAGUUUUAUUUAGUGUUGUAUUUUAACCAAGGCUGUCUGCACUGAGAUUUGUGUAACUUGUAACAUGUGAUCUUUCGUUUCGGGCAUUUGAAUAAGAUACAGAACGUGGUUUAUAAUUCACAAUUAUUGAAUAUAGCGAUCAAACAAAAUAUAUUUUAACACAAUUUGAUGGUGUGGUUUAAACAGGUAGUUAAUGCAGAUUUUAAACAAGAAGUUUUGAAGAGAAUAGUAUCAAGUAAAAUCAUGCUGAAAACAGAAUCUAAAAAUGAGAACAUGUAGAAAAGCUGUGCAAUUAAGCUACAUGUAGUUCUGAUAACCCACACAUAUUUCCCCAAUCCUCUUUCGAUUUGUGACUUGUUGUUUUUUUUUGACGAUUUGUUUUUUCUUACAAGUACGUUUUGCAGUUGUUUUCCUCACUUAAUUGCUAAUCAUCAUUUGAAAAUCCAUUUUAAAAUUGUAUAUAAUGCAGUACAUGAAAUGAUUUAUUGCAACAAGACAAGCAUGCAAUGUACUGUGUAUUGUAUGUUUGCAAACAGACAUGUAUGCAAGGUUAUU